CUGAAGUUUUCAGAUACCGCCAGCGCAACCCUCAGCCAGAACCAGAUCAAAAUGCACAUUCGCCCAGCUCAACCCACUGAUUUCUCUGCCAUGUCACACGUCGCCUUUGACGCCAUGCUGGACGACGAGCUCAGUGCUUUUAUUGCCCCUUAUCGUCGCCAACAUCCCGAAUGCCUGCGUUUAACCUUCCUUCGCCGUGCCAAGAUCCGCUACUAUUCAGGCAAACAUCUUCUUGUCGCCGUCCUGGAUUCGAGUGACGCCGGAUGGGAUGGUACUGACACAGUUGUUGGAUAUCUUUCAGCCAUCGACCCUGCAGCAAGGGGCGAACGGGGCUCAAGGUGGUCUGAUAAGCUGGAGUUAGCCUUACUAAAUCUGCAAAGCAAGGCGGUGGAAUAUACAUUCGCGGACCGAUCAGUAUCACGACGCAAUCUCCGCCAGUUCCAGUCAACCAUCAUGGAUGUGUCCGACCUUCAAUGUUUCGCCGACGUUCCGCGCCAUUGGGAGAUCGAUUUUCUCGCCGUUGAUCCCAAAGCACAAGGGCGCGGGUUGGGCAGACUGCUGAUUAGCGCGGUUCAGAAACUUGCGACUGAAGAUGGUCUACCCGUCAUCCUCAUUGCCAGCGUCAAGGGUCGCCCCGUAUACCGGAAAUGCGGCUUUGUCGAACUCGGGGAGGUGAAUCUCGGCGCAGAUGUACGGGGCCAGGCCAUGGUUUGGAAGCCAUAGGCCUUUGGCAUGUCAAAUUAGAAUGCUUAGCAAGACAAAUAGCCUCGUUUUGUUACUUUCUCCGUGAAUUAUAUGGUCCUUAAAACCUGCCU